CCAGUCGCGAUACGCGCAUACGUGUAAGCGCACGUUCGAGACUGCUCGCCGUUGUCGUCGUCGUCGUCGUCGUCGUCGUCGUCACCGUCAUCGUCGGCAUCGUUGUUUUGUUGUCAUCGUCGUUCUCGUCAUUCUCAUCAUCAUCAUCAUCGUCGUCGUCGUCAUCGUCGUCGUCGCCAUCGCCGUCCUCGUCUGUUCAUUCUUACGUUCGUUACCUAUUCGCAAUUCUAUUCGCGUCAUUCGAUUGGUUAAACUUUUUCUCCUGGGAUUAUUCUUAUCUCGCAAAAUUACGCAGUACUCAAGUUUGGCCCGCCGCGUUUUUGACACUCUCAAAUGGUGUUCUGUGUUCGAUCCAUCAUACGUGAGACGUUAAUUAAUAAUAUAAAUAAUUAUUUAACGUUAUCGUAUAGAAAAAUAAGAAAUCAUUUUUCCUUUCGAAUUUUUUUCAAUCGCGAUAUAAUUGUCUUUCCUUCUUCUUCUUCUUCUUCUUCUUCUUUUUUUUUUUUUUUUUUUUACUUGUGAAAUAAUAUAAAAAAAUAAUCGAAUAAACGUCCGUCGUUAUCGAACGAAUUGGAGGAUCGAUGAGAAAGGAAGGAAGGAAAAAAAAAUAAAUAAAAAAGAGAAAAGAAAAAUAGAAAAAGAAAAAAGAAACAAAAAGGAAGGAGAGAACUCUAUGUAUGAAAUUUUUAUUGAACAGAACGAAACGAUCAGAAAGACGCGAAUGAUAGUAAACUUUUCGAUUGUCUAUCAUUUUAUGUAAUACCUAGUGAAUAAUCCUAUAUACAUAUCUACCUAUAUACAUACAUAUAUAUAUAUAUAUAUAUAUAUAUAUAUAUAUAUAUAAUACAAUGACAACGAAUGAUUUUUUCGUGCAUACGAGUUAGCUUAGCGAACGUAAUUGUCUCCCACGAGGCUUCGUUAUUUCACGCGUGCGUCGUCGUAUAUAUUUUCUUACGAGCGCGAAAUGAAUGACGCGAAUCCGAUGUUCUCAGGGACGGAUAUCGUUGUUACUUCGUAAGCUGAUUGCAAUAGCGGCAAAAGAUUUCAUCGCUUCUUCGUCAUCUUUUCUAUUUAUUCUUUUAUUUUCUUUUUUCUUUCUUUCUUUCAUUCGCGUUCGUUUAUUACAGGUACUUCUUAUUUUCUUUUUAAAAGAAAAUUGAAAGAGAAAGAAUCGUUAAUCGUGUUUAUCAUCGAUCGUAUCUCUCUUUGAACGUAUGAUAAAAAAGGAAAAAAGAAAAACAAAAAAAAAAGAAAGAAAUAUUUCAUAUUAGAUAAUUAAUUUAACAAUUAAGAAAUCGAUUACGUAACGAAACGUUUACAUAAUAAAUUGUCAAUGUGAUUUACCUUAAAUAUACUCGUGAAAUCCGUUCGUUGAUUCGUUGAAUUCCUUUUUUCCUUCUUCUUUCUUUUUCUUGUUUCUUUUCUUUUUUUUUUUUUUGUUUUUUUCUGUGUGUGUUUUUUUUUUUUAUCGAUACCAUUGAGAAACCGUAUGGAUUUUCUGAGCGCGUAUCGAUAUCGUUGCGACCGAAAUAUGGCACCGACGUGAAACGCGAGAUGCAAACGAACGGAAGUACCUGUCGAAAGGGUGCGCGUUUCCGGGACACCUCGCAACAAAUACACAAACAAUGGCAGGCCGAUCCAGCGAGAGCAUUUCCUACUGUCGGCAGUGUUGCUACCACUGUCGGUGGUGGUUCGCCAUCUCCAGCAUCGGGUGACAUUUCAACCCCAAAUUCAACACCCAGUCCGAGUCCUAGUCCGACCAAUGGUCAACAAGUAAUGCACAAUGGGGGUUACGAAUCGCAAACGAAGAACGUUAACACAAUCACGAGAAACAAACAACAACAGCAAUUACUUAUGCACCAACAGCAACAACAACAACAACAACAACAACAACAUCAGUUAUUACAUCAAGAACAGGUACAAGGUGUACAAUCGUCGGUGACGCCCGCGAGGACGCCUGGCGUCGGCGCGGAUUCGUCUGCCGUCGAUGUGGGAAAGGGCGUCGGUGGAAGGGUCACGGAAGUAAUGGAAUUAUGUUACGUCACGGAAAGGAUAAUCGCUCUUUGGUAUCGAGAAGAUGCACAAGGUGUUUUGGAACAUGCGACGACCCUUUUAAGGGGCAAACAUGCCGAUAAUUAUAUGAUAUUCAAUCUAUCAUCGCCAGGACGAGCAGGUGAAUCGAAUACAAGAGAAGCCGGAUGGCCUCAAGGUUUGGCACCAAGUUUGGAAAGAUUAUGCGCCCUUUGUAAGGAGCUGGACUCCUGGUUAAACGGUGUUCCAAAUCGUGUAGUUGUUUUACACGCAAGGGGUAACAAGGAACGAUUGGGUGUGGCGGUCUCGGCUUACAUGAAUUACAGCAGCAUCUGCGGUGGACGCGAUCAAGCCUUGGACAGGUUCGCGAUGAGAAGAUUCCUCGAUGACAAGAUCGGAUCGCUGCAAGUUCCAUCACAUCGAAGAUACAUAGAGUACUUCAGUGGAUUAUUGUCUGGGUCAUUGAGAAUCAGUCAAUCUCCUCUUUACUUGACACACCUCACGGUACUCGGAGUGCCACUCUUCGAGCCUACCGGAUGUCGAGCGUUCCUCAAAGUCUACGAAGGAUUGACGCCCGUUUACACAUCGGAUUUGUACUCGGUGACGAAUGCUCGUGAGUUCACGGUUAAUCUCGGUGGUCUUCGCUUGAGAGGAGACAUUCUCGUGAAAUGUUAUCAUAGGGUAUAUUCCAAACAAAGCCGAGAAGUAAUGUUCUCGCUACAGUUCCAUACAUGCGUCAUCACAGAAAACGUUGUGUCAUUUCCCCGUUCGGAACUUGACGUUGCAUGUGAAGAUCCACGAUGUCCACCCGAUAGUGUUGUGACCCUUUACUUCGCAACCGAUGCGAAACGUCAGGAUGGCCCAAUUCCAGCACCAACACCCGCUGUGCCUCAUGCCUCGGCUCAUCACGAUCCCAUCCUCCAUUGGGACAGCUACACGAAUCUCGAGAUAAGCGAUGACGAAGGCCGCGAGACACCGUUGUCACCACCGCCACCAUCGAGUUCAUCCGUUCAAACAUCGCCACGUGAGUUAGGUUACACCUGCGGACCUAUAGAUGGAUCCUUGUACGCGGUGGUACAGCAGGGUGCUGCAGGUGGUGCUCGCGGUUCACCACUGACAGUUUCCAUGGACAGCGGUAUCAGCAGUGCUCCACCUCAAAGACCAAGUCCACCUGAACACGAGCCGGAUAAUCAGGCUCACGGUGAUCUUGAUAAACUUCUUCACGAUAUGAUGCUAACCGUUGAGUCGAUGCCAGAUCCUCCUACGGAGGAUUAUGCUCGACCGGAUAGAAACGAGAAGAUUUACGUCCAAGAAAAUCGUAGUUACAGUAGUCACACCAGUAGUAGCCAUGCGCCAUCAACUUAUUCGACCUUGAAGGAUUCCUACAGAAGUUAUAGCGUCGCCAAAGAAUCCAGUCCGCCUUACAACUCUAGCACGUCUAGUUAUAGCACGUUAAAGAACGAAUAUAGAGAUAGCCCGAAAAACGUGGAACACCGUAGGGAGGAUUACGAAUACCGUGUUUCACCUGAUCGAAAAAUAUCCGAAUCAACGGCAGAUAUAUAUGGUAGAAAGCAACACGUCGAUUCAUUCUCUCCAUCCGGUAACAUCGACUUUAUCGACGAGGACAUUCCUUAUCACGCGAGACAAACGAGUCAACCGUUCUCUUACGGUGCUACGACCGAUAUGAUCAAACAUCAAAAAUUAUCAUCACCUUCCUUGGUUAGAAAGGCGUCGGUACGUGGUACAGCACCGGUCGUAGACUUCGAUGAUAUUCUUGGCGAUGCUAAUCCAAGACGACCUAUCAGCCCUUUAAGCCCAAAUACACCAGAUCCACCGCCAGAGUUCGCGAAUGGUCCUGUCAAAACCACCCCCGAUCACGUCGACGGAUUAUCUUGGCUGAGGCAACAACAAUUGAAACUGGCCGCGAGGAGAGAUGAGAAAAGUCCUAAAACAAUAUGGCGACAGGAAACUGGAAAUCGUGUUAUCGGAGAACUUCGUAGUUAUCAAAGGGGAAGAUUAAGGCAUGACGGUUAUGCCAGCGAUUCGGCAGUAUUAGACGACGACGACGAUACAUGGAUACCAAGUUCAAUUUCUAAUCAGACCCAAACGAAAACGACCCCUUACACCUCAGCACCGGCGAGUCCUUUGCUCCCGCAAAGAUCGAGUAGUCGUAAGUACAAUGGCAGCACUAGUAGCGGUAUUCUCGGCAGACCAAGAGCCGAAAGCAUGAACGAACGACCAUUCGUCUCUGUGAAGAGAGCUUACGAGUAUCGAAAGUACAGCGACGGUCAGAGCCCUCCGUCAUCCCCUCGCGCAGUAUUUGCAGCCGAUCCACCCUUAAGCACAGGAAUGCAACGUCGAUCGGAUAGUCCGGUUAACUUGGAGAAGCAACAACCACCUCGUCCAGAAUCUAGAAGCGAUAGUUUUGCACGUACCGAUGCCUUCUUGCGCGAGCAUAGACAGCAACAACAACAAUUCCUACAACAUCAACAACAACAACAACAGCAGCAGCAACAGCAGCAGCAACAGCAACAGCAGCAACAACAGCAGCAGCAACAACAACAACAACAACAACAUAACAACGGGAUGAAUAACAUUUCCAGCACCAUGGAAAAUGGUCACGAACAAAGCAAACGGGCAAUUAUUCACGAGAAAAGUUUUGGAACUUUGGCUAGACCGUCGAGACCGGAGUCGAGAAAUCGCGUAACAACGACGUAUCAAAAUUAUUCGAGAAAUUAUAACAACGAUGUAACAACUAUAACGACGACAGUGACAACGCCAAUAACAGCAACAACAAUGACAACAAUGACAACAAUGACGACAACAAACGACAGAAGCAACAAUGGCAGUGGCCAAAAUGAAGGAGGACUUUUGGCGGUGGUCGAUCAACAAACAUCUGUCCCACUUAAUCAAGGAGAUCCUCUCGUGAGCCUCAUUCGAUCAUUGGCUGAGAUAUCGCCUAUUCGCUCACCCUCAUCCAAUUCCGCGACUAACAAGAUUGAGAAUGAUCAUGGUCAUACAACUAUCGAUGCGACCGCGACAACGGUCAACAACAACGUCGCUAGCAUUGCCACUAAUUGUUCCCCUAACCAGUCGCCAAAAGCAUGGCAGAAUUGUACCCAGUCCCACAAUGACUCGGCGUCAUCGUGGACCGAGAGAAGCGUCAGUCCCGGAAGUACAGUAGGAGUUUCGAGACCGCAAACACCUGCAUUCCCUGUACAUCCACGUACUCCUUAUGUCAAUAACGCAUCGCCAACUGUAACAUUCGCUUCCGAUCGUGGCUAUGUCAUGUCCAACAAUAGUUACAACAUCAACAACAAUAAUAAUAAUAUUACCGGAGUGGAAGCUACUGGUGGUAAUAGUAACAACAACAAUCUUGGAAAUUAUAAUGCCGAACGAACGAUUUACAUUGAGGAGCGAAGGGAAGUCUCUAAGGAAACGGGACUUCCACCCAAGAGUCCGACAACACAACGACGCUUGAGUUUCCCAGCAAGCGGGCCGCUUAAACAAACGCAUAACAAACGAUGGCCGCUCACUAACCAAUCGGCGUCGUUCGACUAUAGCAAGGACCGACCUGUUUCUCCGAUAGGCGAAUCUGCGAUAUCACAGGCUCAGGCUAUUUCACAUAGCCCUGGUACUCCAACUCACGUUGAAUUUGCCCAAAGUCCGAAGAGUGCUACGUCGUACACAUCUAUCAACAGUGGUGGUGGUCAGUCGUCUCCACAGGUGCAGUAUUAUGGAUCAAGACGUUCGAGUAUUCAUUCGAACAGUGAACCUCAAGAGGUCGCUGACAUUAACGUAAAAUUCGUACGAGAUACCAGCAGGAUCUGGUACAAACCAAAUAUAUCUCGAGAACAAGCAAUCUCAAUGCUGAAGGAUGCCACACCGGGUACGUUCGUAGUAAGAGACAGCAAUUCUUUCCCGGGUGCGUUUGGUUUAGCAUUGAAAGUGGCAACACCACCACCUGGUGCGCCUAGUAGUCCUAGAGAUCCAUCAAGCGAACUCGUCAGGCAUUUCUUGAUCGAGCCAACCUCACGUGGAGUCAGACUGAAGGGAUGCGCGAACGAACCAGUUUUUAGUUCUUUGUCAGCAUUAGUUUAUCAACACAGCUUGAUGGCAAUGGCAUUACCAUGUCAACUGUUAGUACCUGAACCAGAAGCUGCUGCUAGAGCUUUGGAUUCGCCCGCUACGAAUAGUGCACAACAACUUCUUGCACAGGGAGCUGCUUGCAACGUUCUUUAUCUUUUCACCGUCGACACAGAAUCCUUGACCGGGCCUCAAGCUAUCAAAAAAGCUAUAAGUACUUUGUUCGAACAAAAACCUUUGCCGAGUGCGACCAUCGUUCAUUUCAAGGUCUCCACUCAAGGUAUAACAUUGACGGAUAACGCAAGGAAAUUAUUCUUCCGUAGACAUUAUCCUACGAACAACAUCAGUUAUUGCGGUUUAGAUACUGAUGAACGUACUUGGGAUUUUACCGGUGAAGAUAUUGGACGACCAAUCAGCGCACAUCGUUGCUUCGGAUUCGUAGCAAGAAAACCCGCUCACAAAUCAGACAAUCAAUGUCACGUGUUCGCCGAGCUGGAACCGGAACAACCAGCAACGGCCAUCGUUAAUUUCGUCAAUAAAGUCAUGAUGGGCAACUCGAUCGCUAAAGCCAAUAUCGUAUAAAUUACGAUUCGUCGAUUAUUAUGUCAUUCUUACGACCUAAUCGAUAUAUACAAACAAGAAAUGAUGAUUUCGCAAUAAUGAAAGAUAUUAAUAAUCCAUCGUCAAUGAGAAAAAGGUUUGUCGUUUGAAAAGCUAUAAAAAAAUUAUUACACUUCGAAUUGAUGUUUGACUGAAGGAAAAAGUGAAGAAACAAACAAAGAAGAAAGAAAAGAAGAAAAAAAAAAAAGAAAAGGGAAAAGAAAAAAAAUUCAAAUCUUAAUUUAUUCUAAAUUAAGGCAUAGCUUGUCGCUUGAAAAGCGAUAAGAAAUUGUUAAUUAAUUAAUUAACGAAUGUAUUUGACCGAGGGAGAGAAAAAAACAACAACAAAUUGAGAAAACAAGGGAAAAGGAGAGAAAAAAAAAAGAAGAAUUAAAAAUCCUAUUAAUUUACGAGAGAUGCGUGUGUUAACAAAAUAAAAUGAAAAAAAGAAAAAAAAAAAAUGUAAAAGAAAAAAGAAAAGAAAAUUUCGAUUCUCGUAUAGAAAAUGUAUCAAAACAAGUCAUCUAAUUCCAACGAUAAAUAAUAACGUGUUAUCUGUGCGAUCGCGAAUCGUUAAAUUGUCACGUAAAAUGACAAAUAAAUGUAGUUCAUCAUAAAAAAAAAAAAAAAAAAAGAGAAAAAAAAAAAGAAAAAAAAAAAGAAGUAUACUUGAGAGAUAUAAGUAGAUACGAUUGGAAUAGAUUGAGUUAAAUGCAAAAAUCUGUACGAGUUACUAUGAGUAGAUAUAUAAACGAUCUAAUCGUUGUUAUGAUCACUAUAUAGGAAAACGAACGUUCGAGUUUUUGAUCUAUCUUUAGAAACACAAUGAUAACGUAAUACGAUUAAGCGAAUGGAUUAAAACGAAGAAAUUAGCUGAAAUAUUAUUCCUUUCAUUUCGAUAUUCGUCCUCGCAUACGAAUUGAAAGAGAAUUUGAAAAAAAAAAAUAAAAAAAAACACAAAAAAAAAAUCAUUGUUAUAACCAUCGUUACAUUGUUAUUAUUUAAAA